CAAAGCUAUUGCGGAAUACAGAAUAAAGAUCUGACAGGAACCAAGUACAGUUGUGGAACAUUAUACCUGUGUGGCAUGGUUCUACAUAGUUCAGCAAGCUUAACAGAAAGCCUUCUCCAUGGAAUACGUGAUAUAAAGGAGAGGUCUUAUAAGACAGCAAGAUCCUCCUCAACUUAGAAAUGCUCACAGGUUCGCCAUGAACACUGAAGACAACAUGAAUUCCACUGACUGUUGCAGGAAUGAAACAGUGACUUCAAUUGAGGAAUACCCAUCCUGGCUAUCAACUCUGUUUCUUCUGUUUGCUGUUGUUGGAUUUUUGAGUAACAUCUUAGUGAGUAUUACCAUCCUCAAGUGCCAAUUUCUCCAUGACGUCACUCACUAUCUCAUCCUGAAUCUUGCUGUCUCUGAUAGUCUCUGCUGUUUCAUGUUUGGACUUGAGAUGUUCCUGGAUUUGCUGCAAUACCCCAACAAUGACACUAGUGGAAUCGCUGAGAAACUGUACUGUCGUCUCAUCCAUGGCAACUAUCUGUUCCAGUCUUUUGCUUACAUUUCUGCCUAUAAUCUUGUCAUCAUUUCUCUUGAAAGGUAUGUUGGCAUUGUGCACCCACUCCACUACGUGCAGAUUUGCAGUAAAGUUAACAUAACAGGGGCGCUAGUUCUAGCUUGGUUGCUAGGUUUUUGUGCCUACACGGUUCACCUUUUUGGUGUUGUUUAUGAUCCAUCUAAAGCAACGUAUUUAAGCCGAUGUUGGCUUGAACAUGACUGGCGUUGGCAUUUUGUGCCAUUUGUGGGCGGAUUCAUAAUCCCUUUAAUCACAAUGAUAUGGGCUUACACUCGCAUCAUCCAGACUUUGAAGCAAAGUGCCCUCGCUCAAGAUGUCUCACUUCAAGUCACAGAAAUGCGGGAGGCCACUAGGCGCACAGUCUAUCUCAUGCUAACGGUAACCAUAGCAUACAUGAUCCUAUACAUUCCCACCCAACCAGCUUACAUGGUGAUUGUUAAUGUCAAACUGGGAAUCUUUGAACUCAGUCCGCUUGGAAUGCUCCUCACUGAUCUAGCCAGCAAACUCCCAGUUUUUCUCAACUCCUUCAUCAAUCCUUUCAUCUAUGCAUUCAAAUACAAGAAGUUCCGUAAUGGACUACGAGGUGUUUUGUGUACACCACGCAGGAAUGGAGCAGUGUUGCAAGACCAAAGUCACCUGAGAGGCGGUGGGUCACUUCCAACUCUGUCGCAAAGUCUAGAGACACUAUCAACCUGUCAACCUGCUGGAAGCUAAAAAUGUCAAUGAUUGGUUGAAAGACUAACUGGUAUUCAAUGUUACUUGUUCAUUGAAACCAAAGUAUAGUAACUCAAAGCAUACACAGUAGAUUUGAUAUCCAGAUUAAAAGAAACUUUUACGAGCAAAUGUACAUGCAAAGAUUUUAGGAAGAAAAUUCACUAAAAAGCUCUCUUUCAAGUUUUCAGGCACAUUGAGUAUUUGAAUAUUCAUCCUCAAGCAUCAAAAAAUUCUCCAUGUGGAGGUGGUAAAAACAUUCUCACUAGUUUUAAAUCAACGAAACAAUAUUGGCAAAUGUUGGGCAAGGAUUAGUGGAAAUUUUCAACCAUGCUGUACAUCUGCACUGCAUGUAUCUAGCAGGUGUUUGUUUUGUAACCUUUAGUUGUAUGCUUAAUACAAAGCAUUCAUAAAUUUUGCAGAAUUAUUUGAAAA